ACCUGCAGAAGUGCUCCUCAAGAGAGCGGCCGACCUGGUGGAGGCGUUGUAUGAAUGCCGCACAAUAACCAGGAUAUCAUCCUGAAGCGGGCAGCCGACAUCGCUGAGGCCCUGUACAGCGUCCCGCGCAACCCCAACCAGCUGACCUCCCUGGCCGGGAACCACGCCCACUCGGGCAUGAUGGGCGUCAACUCCUUCGGGAGCCAGCUGGCCGUCAACAUCAGCGACUCACAGAGCUCUGAGCAAGGUUACUCCCGCAACACGAGCAGCGUCUCGCCCCGGGGUUACGUGCCCAGCUCCACCCCGCAGCAGAGCGGCUACAACACCAUCACGUCCAGCAUGAACGGCUACGCGGGGGCCGCCAUGACCAGCCUCGGGGUGCCCGGCUCGCCCAGCUUCCUCAACGGCUCCACUGCCAACUCCCCCUAUGCCAUCAUGCCCUCCAGCCCGCCCCUGGGUGCCUCCUCCAUCGCCAGCUCCUCCACGCCGGCAGGCGUCUUCUCCUUCUCCCCAGUCAACAUGAUCUCCGCCGUCAAGCAGAAAAGCGCCUUCGCUCCCGUGGUCCGGCCACAAGCCUCCCCUCCCCCGACCUGCACCAGCGCCAACGGAAACAGCCUCCAAGACCAAACCUUUGAGGACUCAGACAAGUUUCACACACCGUCUCGGUCGCUCCAGGGACUGGCAUAUUCCUAACCACACCUUGACGGGUCUCAUCGUGCCGCCCAUGUGAACAGGGAACACCUACUGAACCUUCAGGAAGAACAAACCAACGGACUGGCCUUUCCCCCUGGCCCUUGGACUGGAAGCGCGUGGGCAUUGCUUAUGAGAUUCAGGAUCCUUUCCCAGCUCUUUCCCGCUUGGCUGCAUUACUGACGAGAGGCUCCCCCUUCUGGUGGGAGGUUGAAAUGCAGC